GUUCCUCCCAUGUACAUGCCUGGGAUACUGUUCACGGAAGAGCCCGUAGUUUCGCCCUACCACAAACUAAUUUCGAACUUAUAAUCGCCCCGGUGUCAUUUCAACAUUUCACUCGUGGGCUGGUAAUCCAUCACCGCCCUUGGGUGCUACUCACGCUGUAAUUACACCUAGCCUACCUUAACUAUCACGAGCUUCUUUCCCCCCCGAGGAACGGUGCAGUUCGCAGACGGGUCCGGUCAUCCUGUGCUUCUAGCGUAGCCAUAUUGACUAUGUAGGUCCUAAGACUGUGAAGACCACGCCCCGUACUUCAUAUGGACCCUUUCCCAAUGGCUGACAUGCGAUGCGAUCGAAUCCCCAUUAUCCGUAUAUUGUUCCUGUUCCCUGACGUCGACUCUGUCGUCGAAUCGGCCCGACGAGCAUCUCGCAGCUGCGACUUGUCCGGAACCACGAAACUCGGCAGCGAGCCGCAUAGACAAAACCCUGGUUCAUCGGCUCUUCGUCAUCGACGACUCAGCGCGCAAGUGAUCGUUCGACGUGUACAGUGCACCGUCGGCUAUGUCCGAGUAACUAUUUCGCUGUGGAACGCGCGGGAAGCCAAACCCCCAGACCCUUGGCCUUACGUCACGGGAGUCGUGGAUAUGGUGAGCAUAGGCCGUAAGAUCCUUGUGCGGGAUCGGGGUGGGGCUCGGGGUCGGACGAUGUUGUCAGGCUUCCCGGUGUUCCGGGUGCGAUCCGGCCCAGCGGGUGUAGCAUAUCUGAGAGUCCCUGAAAGACCGGCAUUAUCCUCCACCGAACCACGUUAUGCCGGCUUCCAGCCGCAAAAGACGACCGGCGAGAAGGACAUCAUUUGGGUCCAGGGGAGUAACCCAACACACCGGAAGGACUGGGAGGACGAUGAGGAGAAUGCAUGGGAUGACACAGAUGGCACAGCUUGGAGAGUGUCCAAAUAUUGUAUAUCGGAGGAGAACCUGUUGUCGCCAUCGGCAGGGGUACAUGUCUUCAUAGUUGCUGGACAAAAGAUGAAGGGAUCAAAUGGCAGCUUCUGGGAUGGGACGAACAAGACGUCGCAAUCAUCUUGGGGGUUUUGGGAUAUGCGUAGGCCACUGAUGUCCGGUGCCGAGGUCGCCCGAGGCCAUGGCCUGAGACACGUCUGGAACAUCCUUUCCCUCACACUUCCUGAGUGA